AUGUUUUAUCUUCGUGUCCUUUCCAUAUACAACAGUCGUAUAUAUGAUCUAAUGAACGCUUGUUCAGAAUUCAGGAGACUUUCAUUCCCAGAUAUGGAAUCAUUUUUGUUCCAAAGAGGCAUGGAACACAUCAUUGAGUACAGAUCUCCAAAAGUAACAAAACAAUGCAAAACUAUUCUGAAGAAUAUCCAAGAAAAAACGAGAGUUCUCAAAGGAACUAUUGUGAAAUAUUGGGAAGCAAUUGAAGGAGAUUCUCCAGGAGGAGCUUAUGCAUAUGGUGCUUCUGCACAGAGACAGAUGGAUCAAAUAGAAAAAAGUUAUGAUUCAGCAUUAACAAAAUGGCCAAAUGCAUCAUUGAUCUACAAAUCAUAUUCACGAUUCCUUAAUCACAUCUGCAACAAUCGAAUGAAAGGCGAACAAUAUGCAGCACUUGGCAAUGUUACAAGAAAGAUUGACUUGAUUGAAAUUCGUGCAAAGAUAUUAUUCCCAUUGCUACCUGCGGAACUUCAAGAUCCUGAAACCAUAAUAAACCAAGAAGCACAGAACAAAAAUGAUGGCGCAUCUGUUUUAUCUGCUUCAAUUGCAGGAUCAUCAUCAAAUAGUAUUGAUGAAGAUGAUGAAAGAUAUGUAGAACUUGCACAACAAAACACAUUGUAUGAGAUGGGCAAACGAGUAUCUGUUCCUAUUAACUAUUGCACAACAUUUUUCGUUGUUAUUUCGUUCAUUUUACUGUUUUGCUUUGGUGUAGUUUUAACAAAUGCAGUUAUUCUUCACAAGUAUCAAAUCUUCAAGACAUUAUUGCAGUUCUUGUCAACAUUCACAUCAAUUCUUUUCUAUUCCUCAAGAACAGUAUACAAGAUGGCAUCAUUAGUUGCAGAUUCACUUGGAUUGAGCUACAAUACAUCAGAAGUUUUAACAUUACUUGGUGCAGAAAAUGAAGCAAGUACAAUAUUAUCUGCAUCAGAAAUCAUUUCAUUUGAUAUCAAAGAAUUAAAUACAAAUAUUGAUUCAUUUAUAUCUCUAAAGACAAUAGCAAAAGAUUACAUUGGAAAUGUAACACUCUUAUUAACAAAUAUUCAAAUCAAACAAAACUUAUUGUAUAAGAACAAAUCAGACAUUAUCAACAAUAACAAGAAUUACUUCCCAUUGAGUGCAGCAAUAAAUGUUCAGACAUCUUACAUUUCAAGUUUCUCAUCUGAAUUCCAGGAGAAAGCUUCAGAGUUCAGACAAACAAAAUGGUUCAUGUUCAUGUUAGAAAACAACUACAGAGUUAAUGAUGCCUUAGAUGCAUUAGCAAAAUAUAUUGCCAAAGAUAUGUUAGAUUUUGCUGAAAAUAACAAUGAAUUCGCCUUAAUUAUGUGCGUUAUUUUUGCUUGUAUUUCUUGUUUAGUAUUUCCAAUUACCUUGAUUAUGUUGAAGAUACAAGAAAAGAAAUACAUCUAUGUAAUUGAUUCAAUGUACAGAAUUCCAUCUUUAGUCAUCAUUCAUCACAUUUCUGAAUUAACAAAUAACAGUCUUGAAAAUAAAAACAAUAGAGCAGAAAUUGCUCUACAGAUUCAGAAUUCACAUGGAAUUCCAACAGUUUUGGUUUCUGUUUUAUCUGCUUUUUGCAUCAUAAUUUUCAUUGUUUUAUGCAUUGCAAACUAUUAUAUUUUGACAAAUUCAGCCGAAUCAUUCCGUGUAUUGCCAUUCCAAAUGAUGAAUGGUGCUCUCUUAGCCAAUCACAUUUAUGAUGAAAUGGCCACAAUGAAGAGAAUCUUUGCAGUAAAUCAAGAAAUCCCAUUCAAUGCUGAUAACUCAUAUAUGGCAACAGGAAUCUGGCCACAAACGCAAAAAUUAAUCGAAACUACCAUUGAUCAAAUGUUCUUUGGUGUUUCAGAAGAAACUAACAUCUCUUAUGGAUAUCUUUUGACUAAAUCCAAUUCCAGAGAUUUAUUUUUCCAAGGUGAGAAUGUUACAGGAACAUCACUCCAUGAUUUCAUGAUCAAGUUCGGAUAUGUUUUCUCUAUCGAAGUUGAUGCUAGUGAGAUUAAAUAUUUCGUUCCACAUGCAUCAGAUAAAACUAUCUUCAACAGAGAUAAUAUUAGACUGAACAACAUGUUACAUUACAACGAUAUUCACUUGUCAACAGGUAUCUUAGAUAAAAUCUUGAAUUACACAUUUUCAGAUAUGAAUGAUGUUAUUUACAACCAAGAAGUUAUGGCCAUUUUAACUCCUGUUGUUGGAUUAAUAGUAUUAAUUAUUUUUAUAACUAUCUUUAUCUAUUAUCAGUCAACAAUCUUGAGAACAUUUAGAUUCACAAUUAUGUCUCUUUCAAUGUUGGAUCAAAAGUUCAUUCAGACAAAUGAAAAACUAUUAGAUAUUGUUGCUGGCGAUUUCAACUCAGAUAAGCAGAGUGAAAGUAUUCCAAGCCACUACAUUGACUGUCUUAAAGAGAACACAUGUGAUCCAGUUAUUUUAACAACAAAGACAUUUGAAAUUUUACAGAUGAACAAUGCAGCAAAGAAAUUUUCGAAAUCAUCAUCACAGGCAAAGAACAUCGAAGAUAUCUUCAGAACAAUUCCAGAAGAAUUCAGAAAAGUCGUUGAAUCAAACAUUCCUUCAACAGCUAAGAUCGAGAGGACAAUGAAAGAUGAUGAAAACAAAGAAUAUAAAGCUCAAAUCUCUAUCACACAGAGUAACUUAGGAGACAUUUUCAUCAUCAUGCAUCGUGAUGUCAUUGGUGAGAAACUGAAAGAGGAGAAAGAGAACACAGAGAAUAAGUUAAAGAACAUUUUAUAUCGCAUGGUUCCACAUGACUUCAGAGAGAUCUUCGGCGACAACUUGUUCAGAACAGUUCAAUUUGAGAAUUUGUUAGUAUUAGGCAUCAAAGCAAUGAACAUCACAUUUGGUGAAGACGACGAUGACGAAAAACUUCAAGCAACACUUAACAAGAUGGAUAUAUACAACAACUCAAUUAUCCAAGCAUCUAAAAUCAGUGAUGACUGUGCAAUUGCUAAGAAACACAACAUGACAACAUUUGUUAUCUUCAAUUUCAAAUCACAGAAGCGCUCAAUGACACAACCAUUAGAACAAGCUAUCGAAGUUGUUAAGCAAGCAUACAAAGAAUGUCAACAGAAUGGAAUCACAUUGUCAGCAUCAGUUACAUACUCCAAACAAUGCUUGAUUGGUAUUCCAUCAGUCAACAAAGCAAGUUUCAACAUUUUCUUCCCAGAAUUACAAACUAUGAUGCACUCAUUAGAUUUAUCGAAUGAAGACGAAUUGCACUGCUUCGGACUCGAUCGUGAUAUCCCACACAAUCUUCGUGAGAAAGUCAGGAAAGGUGAUGAUUGUUCAUUACUUCUCAUCAAAGAUUUUGCUUAA